AUGAGGCGAAGAAGGGAAGCAGAGGAGAAGACGCCGUGCUUCCGGCUGAGGAGGAACAUGGCCGCCUACGAGAUGGAAGAGGGGACGAGGAUAAGGAUCGCCAACGAGCGGGCCAAGGCGAUGGCCUAUGCCAACGCCAAGGCAGCUGCAGCUACAAGCAAGGAGAAGGGAAAGGGGAAGAAGAAGAUGUCUGGAGAGGAGGUGAUCAGAACGGAGAAGCAGAAGACGCCUAGAAAAACCAAGGGGGAGGAUAGGUUUAAGGCGAAGGCGGAAAAGGAGAGGAAGAAGCGUGAGGACGAGGCGAAGAAGAAACGGGAAAGAGAAGCGAAAGAGAAGGAGGCCGAGAAGAAGAGAAAAGAGGUGCUCAAGAAGCGGAAGACGGUGCAAAGGAAAUGA